ACUUAGAAGAUUCGAAUCAAAUCUAUCCUCUUAUCCUCAACCUAACAAAGCAAUAGGAAACCAUGUCAAGCUGUGAAGGCUAGGAAACUCAUCGACCAUAACACACACUGCACUCAUAAACACUUGCCCAUGGCGUCGGUACUAGGAUCUUCCUCAACUGCAAUCUUGGCUUCCAGGCCCCUCUUUUCUCAGACCUCCAAGCCUUCCAUUUCCUCUCUCACUUUAUCUCCAGGGCAGAGUAGUGGGAGGAAGUUUUAUGGAGGAAUUGGGAUUCAUGGUAAGAGGGGGAGGUCUCAGUUCCAUGUUGCAGUUACCAAUGUUGCAACUGACAUCAACUCUGUUGACCAGCCCCAGAAGCUUGCUGCAAAGGAAAGCCAGAGGCCGGUGUAUCCGUUUCCUGCUAUUGUUGGACAGGAUGAAAUGAAACUAUGCCUUCUGCUAAAUGUGAUUGAUCCCAAGAUUGGAGGUGUCAUGAUCAUGGGGGAUAGGGGAACAGGGAAAUCCACAACUGUUAGGUCCUUAGUUGAUUUGCUUCCUGAAAUCAAGGUAGUAGCUGGUGACCCAUUUAAUUCAGAUCCAGAAGAUCCAGAGUCCAUGGGCGUGGAAGUCAGAGAAAACAUUAUGAAAGGAGAGAACCUAUCUGUUGUCAUGACCAAAAUCAACAUGGUUGAUUUGCCAUUGGGUGCUACAGAAGAUAGGGUCUGUGGGACAAUUGACAUUGAGAAAGCCCUCACUGAGGGUGUCAAGGCAUUUGAGCCUGGUCUUCUAGCUAAAGCUAAUAGAGGAAUUCUUUAUGUAGAUGAAGUAAAUCUUUUGGAUGAUCACUUGGUGGACGUUUUAUUGGAUUCGGCUGCCUCAGGUUGGAAUACAGUGGAAAGAGAGGGUAUUUCAAUUUCACAUCCUGCUCGGUUUAUUCUCAUUGGCUCAGGUAAUCCGGAAGAAGGGGAGCUAAGGCCACAGCUUCUUGAUCGGUUUGGAAUGCAUGCACAAGUGGGGACUGUUAGGGAUGCAGAGCUGAGAGUCAAGAUUGUGGAGGAGAGAGCUCGUUUUGACAAAAAUCCCAAGGAAUUCAGGGAUUCUUAUAAGGCUGAGCAAGAAAAGCUCCAACAACAAAUUGGCUCAGCUAGAAGUUCACUUUCUUCUGUUCAGAUUGAUCGUGAU